GUCCUGGCACGUGCCGAAGGAGCGAUAAAGGCCAGGGGCGGUCCCACUCGCGAAGCCCUGGAGGGCAGAUUGGCUGCGCGAGGAAGUGGCGUGUCCUCACUUGAGCUGUGCUGCCCGGGAGCGAGAAUAAGAGAUAAAGGCAAGGGCGCCUGAGCGGGCCUGGGCACCUCCUCCCACUGCGGGCAAAGGGCAGGUAGUUCGUGCACAGACACAAGCCCUGGCGGACCGUGGCCAUGGCGGGCGCUGAGUGGAAGUCGCUGGAGGAAUGCUUGGAGAAGCACCUGCCGCUCCCCGACUUGCAGGAGGUGAAGCGCGUUCUCUAUGGCAAGGAGCUCAGGAAGCUUGAUCUGCCCAGGGAAGCUUUCGAAGCCGCCUCCAGAGAAGACUUUGAACUGCAGGGAUAUGCCUUUGAAGCAGCGGAGGAGCAGCUGAGACGACCCCGCAUCGUGCACGUGGGGCUGGUUCAGAACAGAAUCCCCCUCCCUGCAAAUGCCCCUGUGGCAGAACAGGUCUCUGCCCUUCAUAGACGCAUAAAGGCUAUUGUAGAGGUGGCUGCAAUGUGUGGAGUCAAUAUCAUCUGUUUCCAGGAAGCAUGGACUAUGCCCUUUGCCUUCUGUACGAGAGAGAAGCUUCCUUGGACAGAAUUUGCUGAGUCAGCAGAGGAUGGGCCCACCACCAGAUUCUGUCAGAAGCUGGCGAAGAACCAUGACAUGGUGGUGGUGUCUCCCAUCCUGGAACGAGACAGCGAGCAUGGGGACGUUUUGUGGAAUACAGCCGUGGUGAUCUCCAAUUCCGGAGCAGUCCUGGGAAAGACCAGGAAAAACCACAUCCCCAGAGUGGGUGACUUCAACGAGUCAACUUACUACAUGGAGGGAAACCUGGGCCACCCCGUGUUCCAGACGCAGUUCGGAAGGAUCGCGGUGAACAUUUGCUAUGGGCGACACCACCCCCUCAACUGGCUUAUGUACAGCAUCAACGGAGCUGAGAUCAUCUUCAACCCCUCGGCCACGAUUGGAGCACUCAGCGAGUCCCUGUGGCCCAUCGAGGCCAGAAACGCAGCCAUUGCCAAUCACUGCUUUACCUGCGCCAUCAAUCGUGUGGGCACCGAGCACUUCCCGAACGAGUUUACCUCGGGAGAUGGAAAGAAAGCUCACCAGGACUUUGGCUACUUUUAUGGCUCAAGCUAUGUGGCAGCCCCUGAUGGCAGCCGGACUCCUGGGCUGUCCCGUAGCCAGGAUGGACUGCUAGUUGCUAAGCUCGACUUAAACCUCUGCCAGCAGGUGAAUGAUGUCUGGAACUUCAAGAUGACGGGCAGGUAUGAGAUGUACGCACGGGAGCUUGCCGAAGCUGUCAAGUCCAACUACAGCCCCACCAUCGUGAAAGAGUAGCCGGCUUCAGUGCCUGCCUUGGGGUGAGGAAAACACCUCUGCCCCCGUGGAUUAGCAAGCGUGGCAGGCUUAACAUGUUCAAGUUCUCCCCAAUAACAUUGUCCAGGUUGGCUUUAAAAUCCCCAGGCAGGGGGAGAGUGGCAUGAGGAGUGACUUCUUAAUGGGUAAGGGGCUGCUUACUUCUGGGGUAUUGGAAGUGUUUGGGGACUAGGUGGAGGUGAAUGUACUAGAUGCCACUGAAUUUGUAUACUUCAGAAUGUUUCAGUUAUGUGAAUUUUACCUCAACUAAAAAAAAAAAAUGCCCAGGUAUGCUUGUGCAGGUGGAUAUGAGGUUAGGCAGAUGAUGCUGUCCAUCCUGUACACCAGUGGGAAGAGGGUGAGGGCUGAUCCAGAGACCCUGAGCCUACAGCAAGGCUGUGGUGGGUGGGAUGGUCUUUGAAUGUGUCGGCUUAGCUAGGCCACAGUCACCAGUAAUUCAAUCAGACACUAAUCUAGGUAUUUCUGUGAAAGUAUUUUGUAGAUGUGACAGAAGUCCAUUCCCCGUUGACUAAGUAAGUGAGAUUAUCUCAGAUAAUCUGGGUCAGCCUGACCUAUCAGUCAAAAGCCCUAAAGAACAGAGCUAAGGGCUUCCCUGAGGAAGAAAUUCUGCCUGUGGACAGCAGCCCAGUGCUUGGCAAGAGUUCCUGACAGCCUACCCUUCCUGAUAGCCUGCCUUAGAGUUUAGACAUGACUAGCCAGCUCCUACAAUCACUGAAGUCAAUUCCUUGCAAUAAAUCUCAAUAUAUACCCUA